AUGCGCCUGUUCGCCUUAGGGUCCAAUGGCUCGGGUCAGCUAGCUCUCGGCCACACAGAGGACGUCUCCCUGCCCACACAAUGCCUCUUCACAAACCCCCCGGCUCCAGUUGACGAGAUCGUCCACAUCGCUGCCGGCGGCAACCACACCCUUCUCCUCACAAAACAGGGACAUGUUUACGGAGCCGGGGCCAAUUUGGACGGCCGCUGCGGACCCCCGUCUAAAGCCGAUGGCCUGAGCCCGGGAUCAUCAGAUGAGAAUCUCCUGUGCUUCCGGCGCAUUGUCCUGCAUGAUGAGGUCACGGGCGAAGCCGUCGAUACCUUCGCCUGCGUUUCUGCAACAUGGGAAGGUAGUAUUCUCGUCGCACGAAGUAACUCUGUGCAUCCUGAGCUCCCUAGUUCUGGAGUGAAUGGCCCGGUCGACUCGAGCUCCGGUGAUACCGUCUUCGUGCUCGGGUCCUCGCCGAAAGGUGAGCUGGGCCUUGCCCUGAGCCCGGGACAGGGCCCGGUUGUUCGGCCAGGGAGUUCGAUCACGGCGUUCCCGCCGGCGGGGACUUGUGUUGCUGCUCUGGCGAGCGGAAUGGGUCACUCGGUUGCAGUGCUCUCGAAUGGAGAGGUCUAUGGGUGGGGUGGUGCGCGGAAGGGCCAGCUAGGCGAUGGGCUGAAGGGCCAAAAGAUCGUCUGGACGCCGAUAAGGAUCGAAGGUAUCCCGUUUCCGGCGAGAAGUGCGGUUUGUGGACGCGAGUUUACGGUUGUCUGUGGGGAUCCGGGGCGGGGGGAGUUCGUGGUGCUUGGGGACCCGGCGAACCGUUGGGGAGUGCUGGGUGUGCCGGAGGCUUUGCGGCAGGGAGGGUCUAAAGGGGACUAUCAUGGAAGAGAAUUUGUGGAUAUUGGGGCUAGCUGGCAUGGUAUAUAUGUACAUGCAGGUCCAGGGGACACGGGUUCUGCUACGGAGGCUCAAACUGCAGCGCCAGGCACUAUUGUCGCCUGGGGGCGUAAUGACCGUGGCCAACUCCCUCCGUCGGGUUUGCCUAAGCCGCUUAAGAUGGCCGUUGGUAGCGAGCAUGUCCUUGUGUUACUGGAGGACGGCGCCGUGGGGAGCUUUGGAUGGGGUGAGCAUGGCAAUUGCGGACCUGAUACAGAUGCUCAGGGCAACGUGGCCGGCUCGUACAAUGUCAUUCCCUUGCCAGAGGCUGCGCUUUCGGCGGGGGCGAGGGUCACUAGGCUCGGUGCCGGGUGUGCGACAAGCUGGAUUGUCAUGAAGUGA